AAUUCGACUACAUCUUAUCUGCGACCUGGCAGUAAAUUUCGCGGUACUCAGCAAAGUGAUAGGCAGGUUUAUGAUGUUCAGGUCGAGCUGAAAGAUGUGGACAUGGAGGAGAGCAGACUCUGUGGAUACCUGAGAAUACAAGGCCUCACGGACGACCACCCUACCCUCACCACGUUCUUCGAAGGCGAGAUAAUAGGACCUCGAUAUCUCUUCCGUACAUCUCACCCAACGUGGGGCUCCUCAGAAAAGGUCGACCUUCAACAUUGGGCCCGAUUCCCUGCAUGGCGACCGCUAGCCAAGAGUGCGAGUAAGAACUCGCUGUUCACGCUUAAGAAUCCAUGGGAGAAAGAGCACUUGUUCAUGCGAUGGAAGGAGUAUUUCCUUGUCCCAGACCACAGGGUAAAACAGAUCAGUGGCGCUAGCUUCGAAGGUUUCUACUACAUUUGCUUUGACCAAAGAUCUGGAGGUGUAAGCGGCAUAUACUUCCACAGCAAGAGCGAGAAAUAUCAACAGCUGGAGUUGCGAUGGGUGGACGACGGUGGCAGAGUACCUGCAGUGGAGUUCCGAUGA